GUACCACCAUCAAUCAAAGAAGAUGUUGAGAAGCUGUUUGAAAUUAAUAAGGCAAUGGGCCAAGUGGAACUAAACCUUGAUUUGGUAGCACCAGAUGUUGGUGAAACAUAUGAAUUGCGGAAUGACAUUGUUGUGAGACCUUUUAGAACUCACCAUGUUAUAACAAGCCAGGGUUAUGUCAUUUACUCUGUGAGAAAGAAGUUCAAGAAGGAAUACAUUCAUCUCAAAGGCAAACAGAUUAAGAAAUUGAAGAAAUCUGGUGUUGAGGUUUCACCUUAAGUGAAAUACUUUGGUUAAAUUUUUUCUUUAUUAGGUACUCAUAUGACUUGAGACCUCCCUGUACAGAUUACAGACAUUAUAGUCUUCUCAGGUGGCAUUUACUGGAGAUACAACAUCAGACUACAUGCUUGAUCCAUGAAAUGUGGAUGCCUUGAGGGCAAAAAUUCUUAUAACUGAGGUAUUGGCCAAAUCAAAUACUGUCUUUUUC